UGUGUAUGAGUGCGUGUGUGUGGAGCACUGAGUGGAGAGCAAAUCGAGAUACAGUAGUAACCCGGAGUGAGGUGGCAGUCUUAUUCCACAUCGACACUGACCUGCCCUGCGCUGCGCACAUCCUCUCUGUCUCCAGAGCGCACUUGAGGAGUGAAAGAGUCAAGAUGGCAUCUGGAAGUGGACAAUCCAGGAUCUAGUCUAUUUUAUUUUCCUGCUUCCACGGAGCGCAAGUGACUGGCCGUGCAAGGCUGAUAACUAAGUUGCUCUCAGCCCUGUUGGGACUUCAGUGCUGUUGAAUAGCAACAAAGGACGGGAGCGCGCAUUCAUGGGACGCGACUUUGACAGCUCUUCAUUUCUGAUCUUCUAACUUUAUUACCUGGCAGCUGGGGGGGAGAUAGUGACUGGACCUGGGGGAUCAUGGCCGAGGCUCCGCUCCCCGACGCGCUCCCGGACUUGGACGUGGCCAUCGACCCGGACUUUGAGCCCAAGAAGCGGCCGAGAUCUUGCACCUGGCCGCUGCCACGACCGGACUCUAGCGCCGUGAAACCGGAGAGCAACGACACAGAUAUCAUCCCGGAGGAGGAGGACGACGAGGAGGACAAUGCCACCGUUACGGCCAUCGCUGUCAACGGCUCAGGUGUGGUGGCGGAGGACCAGAGCAGCAACAGCCCCCUUGCGGAUGGAGCGCUCUCCUCCCCGGGCCAGGACAGCGGAGGCUCCCCGCUCUCCACGCACUCCCCGACGGCCACCUCCGGAGUCCUGACCCCCAGCAGCCUGGCCGCCGCGCAGACCCCGAGGAAAGCGUCCUCUCGCCGGAACGCCUGGGGGAACCUCUCCUACGCAGACCUGAUCACCAAAGCCAUCGAGAGCGCGCCAGACAAGAGACUGACCCUGUCCCAGAUCUACGACUGGAUGGUCAGAUCCAUCCCAUACUUCAAGGACAAAGGUGACAGCAACAGCUCUGCAGGAUGGAAGAACUCCAUCCGGCACAACCUGUCCCUCCACAGCCGUUUCAUCCGUGUCCAGAACGAGGGAACAGGGAAGAGUUCCUGGUGGAUGAUCAACCCGGAGGGAGGAAAGGGAGGCAAGGCUCCACGGCGCCGGGCGGUCUCCAUGGACAACAGCAACAAGUACACCAAAUCUGCCCGUGGCCGCGCUGCCAAGAAGAAGGCCGCCCUGCAGGCUGCAGCUGCUGCAGGUGAAGGUGGUGGAGAUAGCCCGUCCGGUCUCUCCAAGUGGCCUGGAAGCCCAACGUCACGCAGCAGCGAGGAGCUGGAUGCCUGGACAGAUUUCCGCUCUCGCACUAACUCCAACGCCAGCACACUGAGUGGCCGCCUCUCGCCUAUUCUGGCCAACCCCGAGCUAGACGAGGUGCCCGAUGAUGAGCCUCCUCUCUCGCCGAUGCUCUACUCCAGUCCUGGCAGGGCGCUAUCUCCUGCUACAAGCAAUGGGAAAGCUGUGCCCACUGAGCUGCCCCGCCUAGCAGACCUGGCAGGUACAAUGAACCUGAAUGACGGACUCACAGACGACCUGAUGGACGAGUUGCUGGAUAACAUCAACUUGGUGCCAACCACCUCCAGCCAGGUCACACAGAAUGGCUCCUCAGGGUUCAGUUUUGGGUCCAAGCCCAACGGGAUCGGCUCACCUUCCUCCACUUCUUCUCAAUCCUCCAAUUCUUCUUCUAAUGGUGGAAAUAAUGGCUAUAGUAACUCCAUCUUCGGCCCUCACACAGCGGGCUCCUCUCUGCGUCCGUCCCCCAUGCAGACCAUCCAGGAGAACAAGCAGACGUCCUUCUCCAGCAUCAGCAUGUCCCGCUUUGGCAGCCAGACGCUACAAGACCUGCUCAACUCUGACAGCCACAACCACAGCGACGUCAUGAUGACCCAGUCUGACCCGCUGAUGUCACAGGCCAGCGCAGCGGCCGUCAUCUCCCAGAACUCCCGCCGUGGCCUCAUGCUCCGCAAUGACCCCAUAAUGACCUUUGGGACCACCGGAGGACUUCAGGGCAGCCAACGCGAGAUGCUGCAAAGCAACAACCACAACCACAGGUCUUUAAAUGGAGGCCUGAACCUAGCCAACGAGGCUAACGCUCUGGCUAAUGCCAAACAGCAGCUCCUGCUCUCACCCUUGGGAGGAAACGGGUCUUCCUCCAUGCAGAUCGACACCUCAAUCUUCCUGAACGGAACAGUUAGCAGCAGCGGAGGGAUCUGCCAGGAUCGUUUCCCCACAGAUCUGGACUUGGACAUGUUCAAUGGCAGCCUGGAGUGUGACAUGGACUCCAUCAUCAGGAAUGAGCUGAUGGAUGCAGAUGGCCUGGAUUUUAACUUUGACUCUCUGGCCAACAUGAACGGAGUCGGCAACUUCACGAGCACCAAGCAGACCUCUCAGAGCUGGGUACCCGGCUGAGAGGCAGGGUGCAAAACAGGUCUGAACUGUAGUGCAAGAGAAGAUCAGACACACAACAUCCUUUUUUUGCCAAACCUGCCAUCAGCACAAUGUAAAAUACAAACCCUGUGUUUACAGAAGAAGACUUCCUAUUGAGAGCUUUACCUUCGCUCCCACACUGGUGAACCAUGAACGAUCCAACAGACUCUAGAGAUGCUGCACAUCAGCCCUCAAAGCCUCCUGUGAAACACCAACAAGAAGAAACAAUCACGACAAACUCACAAAUCUUAGAAUUAUGCAAUUUUUUCCUUUUGCCACCCAGCCUGUUGAUAUCAAAGAGACACUGCUUAUCAGAAGGGGUUUCAGGUGGAAUGCAAGGACGAAAGAUCAAGCAUAGAAUGGAAGGAGUGCACGGUGCAGUUGUUCCCGUCGAAGGCAACGAAAAAAAAGAGACAAAAGUGUAAAAAAGAUCGGGAAGUGAUGUGGUGUAAAUCUGAUCCAGUGGUUUCCUGGGAUGUGUUAUGUUGAAAAAAAUUCCCUCUGUUCUUAGUGAUUUUAAAUGUUCUGUGUUUGUUUUUUGGAUUUUCUGUUUUAUCAUACUUGUUUCUGGAUCAUACAUGUCUGUACAGAAAGAAUUUGGUGUUUUGGUGAAAUGAAGAGAUGAAAUGGAGUGUUUUUACUCACUGAGUGGCCGCACAUACAGUACAUGCAGACACACAUACAGACAAACUGACACGUUGUCCCAGUUGUAAAAUCUUGAAUUCCUCAGUUUAAGGCCAUGCACUUGCUGUUUUGUUAUUCUAAAUUGCUUGGAUUUAAAUUAACUGUAGCAUAUGGAGGGUUUUAUUACAAUUACCUGAAACAUGAUUUAUCCUUGUGUAUAUCAAACUGUAAAAAGAGAAAAAAAAAAAGACAAAAUCCUAGAAGAAGAAAAUCUCUGUCAUGGAUCCUUGUGCAGUGCAGGACAGCGGGAAGUUUAAAGAAAAGAUCUUGUCUGUCUUAGUUUUCUUAGCUUCUGGUGAGUUGUGUUGAGGUCAUUUAUCACAGCAUACGAUGUAGCCACAUUGAAUACCUGUGUCCUAGGGUUGUGAACAUUUCCACACCAUAACAGGUGCUAUAUAAACAGUGUUGAAUCCUGUCCUGAGAGCAAGCCGUGCAUUUUGUUUGUUCUGUUUUUUUUUCUUUCUGUUUUUACCCAUGACCUGCAGAAGCCAGAGCUGUAGCCACUUGUAGCACGGCGAGGUUGAAGACGGCAGGGGGAGCAGGGUUUUAAGGCUCAUUCCUCUAGAAGCCAUUUGUUUCUUGAGUAAAACAAUAAGCUAUCUCUGUAUAUUGCCAAAUUACUUGAAACAAACAGUAGGAUAUGCUGGCAGCCAAAUCACAGCACACACACACAUAUGUGUAUAUAUAUAUAUAUACAUAUACAUAUACAUAUAUACGUAUAUAUAUAUAUAUAUAUAUACGUGUAUAUAUAUAUAUAUAUAUAUACGUAUAUAUAUAUAUAUAUAUAUAUAUAUAUAUAUAUAUAUAUAUAUAUAUAUAUAUAUAUAUAUAUAUAUAUAUAUAUAUAUAUUACACUCACAGAUAGUAAAAUAACAGCAGGGAUGUGUAUUAAAGCUCUGCUGUUUUCUUGUCUUGAGCUUGUGGGGCUUGUUAUGCAUAUACAGAAUCACUCAGGGGGGGAAAGGGAGGCUUCCUAUUUAAGAAACAUCAAGUCACAUUCGAAUGGCAUUUUAACAUUUCUUGCUUAAAAAUAUACAAUAAAAGGCAACGCUUUGUGUUUGUGAACUUGUAACCUGUGAACUUCUGGCCGUUGAGAUGAAGAGGAGGAAGGAAGAUAAACGUCAGGAUGAUUACUUCACGCCAUCUGUUAUGUUUUUUGGUUUUGCCGUCAUCGUUUUGUUUUUUUCCUCCUCUUGUUGGACUUGUGAUGCACAUACACACAUGCCCUCAUGGACACGCCUGGUGCUCCUGCAGGUGAUUUCCUGUAUCUCCUGUUGAUGUGUGUUAAUCUGUGGAGUUCAUUUCAGUUGAAUUUAAUCCACGAGGACGUGUAAUCCCUCACGGUGCAUACAGCACGGCCGACUGUAUGCAUGUAUGUAUUUAUGCAUUAUGAAUUGUGUGAAAUGCAUAUAUACUCGCUGUAUGUCCUUAUAUACUCAUGUAGUACUUGACCCAUGGAUAUUUGUGAUACCUCUGUAGUUGAAGAAACAAGGUUACACGCCGGGUAGGAGGGAACACUGUUACCAGAGAUUUAAUUGUUGGACCAGAUUUUGAAAAUCUGGACACCCUGGUGCCCCUUCUCGGUUUGGGGCAGCGACAUGAAAGUGUAUUCCCUGCUGUGUAUAAUAGUGUACAGAUUUGUGUAUAUCACUUUGAGGCAGAGGACUGGGUGUGCAUGGUUGGCUAGAAUGAUCUCCCGUGUAUCUGAGGUUUAGUGCAUGAGCUAGCUGUACCCCUCUCCACCUCUCCAGUGGUGCCGUCCCUCGACAAAUUGUAACACACAGAGAAACCCUGCCUUUUUAGCACUCAAACACAUACACUCUGUUCCUAUUUUUAAAAUCAGGGCUGACCUUCCUCCCGCUUUUAUUAUUACGUGUGUGUGUGUGUGUGUGUGUGUGUACGUCAGUGCAGAUGCAGGGAAAAGCCUCCUUAAUGAACAUUUCUCAGCUUCACACUUGAUUUAUUCCACAUGGAGUAGGUUCAUGUCCUGAUGCUCCCACCGGUUAAACCUUUGACGUGGUAAAAGUGUCAACUGACAACGAGCUGGAAUUAUCAUCUAAUAUUUCCAGAGCGCUAUCAGUCAUUUCUUUUGACAGGGAGGGAAUCCUGAGCCACCACCUGAACCGCUGAGCAUUUCAAGUCAUCUACACUGACUGUACUAAAUAUUACUUUACUGGUCCUGUGAAGAAGACUGACAAGGUGAAGUCAGGGCACGCUCUAGUCCUCGUCUAUUUAAAGAGAGGUUAUUGGUCCCUGAUAAACUGCAAAUCUCAGUCACAGAAAGGUGUUCCUAACAUUUCGUACAUUCAGUGUGAAAUGUUGCGGCUCUUCAGGCAGAUCGUUUACAUUUAAUAGUGGAGCAGGUCGUCUACACAACCACUCAGUGCUUCAUUCAGGCACAUGAAAUCUGCUCAACACACACACACACACACACACCUGCAGCACAGCACAAGCUGGUUUAAAGUUAAGAAAAGCAAAAAAAUAAAUAAAAUAGAAACAUACCACUAGAUACCUUACACACCUCUUGGACGUUUCCUUUUUGUUAUCUUCUCUUGAAUCCUCCUAUCCUUGUUAAGAAGCCCAGGCCAGCUCCCCUCCAAAUGCCCCUAUGAGCUUUUCCCCUUCGAACUUCGCCCUUUAUUAAUCUUGCUUCUUCUCGACUUGAUGUUAGUGGGUAUUUUUCCUGUGUAUUCCAUUUUGAAUUUUAAUCUAGUUUGUAUAAGAAAUGGUGCGCAUGUAAAUAAAGCUUGGUGAGGCUCCACACUG